GCGCAGGCCGGGCUCUCUAUAGUGCCACAGAGACUCUCUUGCUCGGCGCUUGGAGGACCGGAAGUCGUUUCUUUCUCUCCCUUCCCUCACUGAGCCGGUGCUAAGAUGGCGGCUACCGCUGACUGCGACGUGAUGAUGGCGCCAGAGGAACCGGAAAGGAGCGACGAAGAACGGGAAAGGGAGGCGGAAGCAUGCAAGGAGAAGGGGAACGUGUUUUACGCUAAGAAGGACUACAACGAGGCUUACAACUAUUACACAAAGGCUAUAGAUUGGUCCCGCAAAAAUGCCAGUUACUAUGGAAACAGAGCAGCCACCUUGAUGAUGCUAAGUAAAUACAGGGAGGCCCUGGAAGAUGCCCAGCAGUCAGUGAGAUUGGACGAUGCCUUUGUGAAGGGUCACCAACGCGAGGGGAAGUGUCACCUGUCCCUUGGAAACGCCAUGGCAGCUACUCGCUGCUUCCAGAAAGUAGUAGAAUUGGAACCAAAAAAUGAACAGGCGCGAAAAGAGCUAAAGAACGCUGCUGCUGUUUUAGAGUAUGAGAGAAUUGCAGAGGCCGACUUUGAGAAACGAGACUUCCGCAAGGUUGUGUUCUGCAUGGAUCGGUCAUUAGAGCUGGCCCCUGCUUGCCAUCGCUUCAAAAUCCUCAAGGCAGAAUGUCUAGCACUUCUUGGUCGCUACCCAGAUGCUCAGUCUGUGGCCAGUGAUAUCCUAAGGAUGGAUGCCACAAAUGCAGAUGCUCUAUAUGUUCGGGGGCUCUGUCUUUACUAUGAAGAUUGCAUUGAAAAAGCUGUGCAGUUCUUUGUGCAGGCCUUGAAAAUGGCCCCUGAUCAUCAGAAAGCCCGUCUAGCCUGUAGGAAUGCCAAGGCUCUGAAGGCUAAGAAAGAGGAAGGCAACCAAGCGUUUAAAGAUGGCAACUAUGACCUUGCUCACAGACUUUACUCAGAGGCACUCUGCAUAGACCCCAAUAAUAUCAAAACGAAUGCAAAACUGUACUGUAACCGUGGCACUGUCAAUGCAAAGCUUAAGAAAUUAAAUGAGGCAAUAGAGGACUGCACAAAUGCAAUAAAACUGGACGAUACUUACAUUAAGGCAUACUUACGGAGAGCCCAAUGCUACACAGACACAGAACUGUAUGAAGAAGCAGUGAGAGAUUAUGAGAAGGUUUAUCAGACAGAAAGCACAAAAGAACACAAGCAGCUGCUAAAGAAUGCACAGCUGGAACUCAAGAAGAGCAAGAGGAAAGAUUACUACAAGAUACUGGGCGUGGAUAAGAAUGCGUCAGAAGAUGAAAUAAAGAAAGCCUAUAGGAAACGGGCAUUAAUGCACCAUCCAGACCGACACAGCGCUGCUACAGCAGAAGUUCAGAAAGAAGAGGAGAAGAAAUUUAAAGAGGUGGGCGAGGCAUUCACAGUCCUGUCUGAUGCCAAAAAGAAAGCUCGCUACGACAGUGGGCAGGACCUGGAAGAGGAUGGCUUGAAUAUGGGAGAUUUCGAUGCUAACAACAUAUUCAAAGCUUUCUUCAGUGGCCCCGGUGGGUUCAGCUUCGAAGGUGAGUCUGCAGCCUCUGGCCCAGGAAAUUUCUUCUUCCAGUUUGGGUAACCUCCCCAUCCCGUAUGGCUCACCCCACCCCUACUCCCCCCUAUUGCCCUGCACCCUCUUUGUUCAAGUGUUUUAACCUGGAAUACGGACUUUAUUUAAUCAGACUACACAGCAUCGUCAUGUCUCUCUGUUUAUAAGAGAAGCAUAUUUUUCGGAGGUUCUUUUUGCUUUUUUUGUUAUUUUUGCCAUUUUUAAGAGUCCACCUCGGUUAUAUAACUCUCCGCGUGUUCCAUGUGUGAAGGGAAUCGGAGCGCAACGUGACCCGAGCCUAUUGAGUCUCCCCAACUCCAUUCGCAAGAUGUGCCAAUUUCUCGUGCUCUCCUGAUUGGCCCGCGCCAGCUUGGGACGCGUGUGGCGCCUCUAUGGGUUCAUGUAGAUGCACUGGAACGGGCGGUGCAGUCUCCAUCUGUUGUGCCCCCUUCGCCCGCAGAGCUGCACCCCCUGCCCUUCAUUUCUCCCUAUUGGACACCUGGCGCCUCAGGACUGGAUGGUGCAUCGUGUUCCCUGUACAGCGCAUGUCUUUCCCCCUCCUCCCCCCCCAUCUCUAACCGUUCUAGUGGGAAGGACCGAGAACCACAAAUCGAUGCCGAUAAAUGGAAUUGCUUUAAAAUCUUUCGUCUGCAAGAAAAGAGAUUUUUUUUUUCUUUUUUUGAAAAUGCAGAUUUUUUUUGUUUUGUUUUUGGGGGGGGGGGGGGUUUGCCUGAUCCUUGGGUCAAACUUGUGUUUAUUCGUGGCCGGAAAACACUCAGCAACACCUCCUGCAUGCGCCAGCGGCAGCAACGGGGGGGGGGGGACGGCGGGACAUUAAAGAACUUAAGAAGGUAAAUCCGUGUUCAUAUUUAAUGUUUUUAAACCCGUACAGGAGCCAACAUCCAGUCCUCUCGUCCAUAACUCUGUAUGCAAUGCCGUGCUCAAUGAUACGUAGCCAAUCCGGGCCUGUAAAACGUUAUAUUAAUCUGAGAACAUCCUUGAAAAACGUGAAGGAUUUCAAUAAAACUGUUUAAAACCUG